UCGAGAAACACAACGAACGCGUGUCAUCCAGGUUCGCUCGCUUGUCGGUUGGCCCGCCUCUUGCGCGCUCGCCGCGGGAUCGCGUGAACCGACACAACACUAGGGCGAGACGGACGCGAGCAGAGUGGCAGGUGUACCCGCGACGCGCCGUCGUGUGUUUACGAGCGACAGUCGUCGCCUGACGUCUCGCCCGCACCGCUCGCCACCGCAACGACGACGCAAAUGACGACCCCCGAGGUGAGAGCGGGUAAGCCUCUGCGGCGCGAUGGUCGUGUCCUUUAACCGGUACCUACCGGUGAUUUUACCGGAGAUCGACGACAGCGAACCCGGCGGCGCCGUCGCCGCGAGCAGCGGCGUCGGCGGGCCGCCCGACGUCAAGCAGCGCGCCCCGUACACCACGGAUGAGACCGCCGCGAGGAGCUGCUCAACUGGCAGCACCCUCAUCGGCGGCGGCGGCAGCGGCAGCGGUGGUCCGACGACGACGACGACGACAACCUCCGUGACAACGCCUGCGGUUACGGUAACGACGUCGGCGGUCACGGUACCGCUGUGCGUCCUGGGCGAGGUACAGCUGCGUUUCCUCUGCCCCGACGACCUGGAGGAGGUGCGCUCGCUCUGCCAAGACUGGUUCCCUAUAGAUUAUCCUUAUUCAUGGUAUGAAGACAUCACGAGCUCGUCGAGAUUUUACGCGCUUGCAGCGGUAUACGGUGGAGUAAUAAUAGGACUGAUCGUCGCGGAGAUAAAGCCUUACGCCAGAUUGAACAAGGAGGAUCGUGGCAUCUUGUGUUCCAGCCUGGGAAAGAAUUGUCUAGUGGGUUAUAUACUUAGUUUAGGGGUACGUCGCGCGUACAGGAGAAACGGCAUAGCUUCAUUGCUACUGGAACAGCUGCUUGCCCAUGUCACCGCACCCGAACGAUCCUCCGUGAAGGCAGUCUUCCUACACGUACUCUCAAGCAAUGCUCCCGCUAUAUUAUUUUAUCAAAGGUGUCACUUUCGAUUACACAGUUUUCUUCCGUAUUACUACUCGAUACGGGGAAAAUGUAAGGACGGCUUCACGUAUGUUCUUUACGUUAACGGCGGACACGCGCCGUGGGGUAUCUGGGACUGGAUCCGUCACCUGGCCGGAGCGAUGACCAAUCUUGUGCCGUGCAGAGUACCGCGAUGGAUCUGGCAACGUCUUUUAUGGGCAACUACCGUUCUUUCUUACCACAGAUGAUACAUUUUGUGAUUUGUUAUGUUCUAUUAUAUAUUUAUUUUAUUUUUUUUUAAUUCUAGAGAGUUAUAAGCAUAUAAAGUGCCAUAAGUUGUGCUUGACGUUACGACAGAUUCAAAAUAAAUAGCCAUGACGUGGCCAUAUGAUUUUAUUAUUAUGUAGUUCUGUGCUAAUGCAAAGUUAGAAAUGGACAUUGAUCUAUAAUCAAUUUGCAUGAGGCGAACAAGUAUUUAAAUUUAUUCUAAAGUUUGGGCAGCAAGGCUUCAGAGUAUCUUAGCACAGCUUUGUUACAAAAGAUUGUUAAACACAUACCGUUAUUACAAUACUGUUGUAAUAAUUCGAGAUAUGUAACUGCCAACCAAAAAUCAUUAAGUUCAAAUCAUUUGCAUAUUAAUAUUUAACAUAUCUUCCAUUGUUUCUAAAGUUUAUAGUAUUAAAUCGUCGUUUAUUUUAAUGAAAGCACAAUCUUUAAGAUUUAUUUGACUAAUAAAUUACGUUUGACUAUUUUUUUAUUCGAAAAACGUACUAUAAUUUUAUCUAAUAGAGACAUAGUCACAAAUUUCUACAAUUUUUAGUUUCCAAAUUUUUAUCGUUAUAUAUAAAAAUUUGGAGACCGAAAAUCAUGAUAAGAGCAAAUUAUGAUUUUUUAAGCGAGAAUGAUUUAAAAGACUGUAUCGUUACGAUUCAUACUUUGUAUACCUCUGCUGCCAUCGAUUGUAUAAUAUAUGUAUAAACACUGUGUACAUAUUUUGUAUAUUAAAUAAAAACUUAAUAUAUUAACAUGAAA